CCAAAAGAAGCCCCAGGAGUCAUGGCAACGGUGCAGUGCGUGUUGCUGCUCGCCCUUCAUAUUUUGCUGAUUUCCGAGUUCAUACUGGCCAAGAGGGACUACUACGACAUCCUCGGGGUCCCCAAAGACGCCUCGGAACGUCAGAUCAAGAAGGCGUUCCACAAGCUGGCCCUCAAGUACCACCCGGACCGGAACAGAGGCCCGGACGCCGAGGCCAAGUUUAGAGAAAUCGCUGAGGCGUACGAGACGUUAUCAGACGAGAAGAGACGGCGAGAGUACGACCAGUUCGGCCACGGCCCGUCAUCCGGCGGCAGAGGAGGAAACUCCGACUUCAACUUCAGGCAGCGCUACCAGUCGUUUAACUUUGAAGACAUCUUCAAAGACUUUGACCUUUUCGGUCAGCAGCAACACUUCCAAAGCCAUCAUCACGCCCACCAAAAGAGGUUCUUUCGGGAGCCGGCGGGGAAGCAGCAGAGGCGGCCGUUUGGAGGAGGAGGACUGUUUGACGACAUGAUCGAGGACUUGGAGAAGAUGUUCUCCUUUAACCCUCACAAUUCCCGGAGCGAAAGCAGAUUCCAGGGCUCGCCCAAGCUUCACUGCAGGACAGUGACGCAAAGGAGGGGCAACAUGGUAAACACCUUCACCGACUGCUCCUAAGCUGAAGGACAAACUCAACGGACAAAGGCUGGGUUUAGUUUUGACGUCGAAUGCUAAUUUAUCGAGGCUUUCGGUGACUUUCGCGACGAGAAUGAUCAAGGAACAAAGUUGGGUUUAGGUCAGCUCAGGAAUUGCUCUCAAAAAAGCUGCUCGAGCGUGUUAUUUUUUGAAAACAAGUCUCAUUUGAAUACAAAAACAAGCACUUAAGUUAUAUUUUCUGGAGAUUUGGAGUUGAACAUUUUCAUGUUAGAAACAAAAACCUCAAGCUGAUCACGUGCAAUAUUCAGCACCUUUCUCCUCUUCAUGUUGCCUAUUUCUCAAAGACAGUGCUUUUGAAUAAUCAUUGUCUAAACGUCUGCACUUUGUUUGAAUGAGCGUGUUUUUUUUUGACUGCGGGAUGUUUGAAAUUAGAAUAAAAAUGUUGCAAUACAGUGUGUUAAUUCAAGUCAUACAGAGUUCAUUUCAACACUUUAAAACAUUUAUACAAUUCAACAUGUUAGCACUGACAGUCGGAAAAAUGCUGUGAAUAAUUGAAAUUGAACACUUGUCAGUGUUGGAUUUACACUACGCUUGUGUGAAGCAUUAACUAUCAAUACUCGGAGUGUAGUUUUUAACAUGAAAUAAGAUUAAAAUUACAUCGAGAAACGAAAAAGCUGAUAGCUCCCGCCGCUAGUGUGCUAACUUGAAGGCAUCGGUAUUGUAUUAUAAAAAAAAAAAAAAAAAAAAAGCUAGCAGCUAGCGCGGUGGGAGACCAUGCUAAGACCGCAAGCUAGCAGCUCUGCCUGCUAGCGUGCACUCUUAAAAAAAGGAAUGUUUCUUGCAUCCGUUACAUAUGCACGCUAUAAGGCGAGGUUGGGAAAUGCUUAAGGGCGCAGCAGCGUCCAAAAGGGCGUCAAGAAAAAUAUUCAAAUUAUAUUUGAUGAUAGCAGUAUUUAAAAAUUAUACAAAACAAAAGAACAGAACCGUAAUAAGUCGUUAAAUCAUAAUAAAAUUGGGGCUGUCAAACGAUUACAAUUUUUAAUCGAGUUAAUUACAGCUUAAAAAUUAAUCGUAAUUAAUCGCAAUUCAAACCAUCUCUAAAAUAUGCCAUAUUUUUCUGUAAAUUGUUGGAAUGGAAAGAUAAGACACAAAAUGGAUAUAUACAUUCAACAUACGGUACAUAAGUACUGUAUUUGUUUAUUAUAACAAUAAAUCAACAAGAUGGCAUUAACAUUAACAUUCUGUUAAAGCGAUCCAUGGAUAGAAAGACUUGUAGUUUUUAAAAGAUAAAUGUUAGUACACGUUAUAGAAAUUUUUUAAUGUUUUCGUUUUGAUAAAAUUAGUAAAAUUUUCAAUCAAAAAAUAAACUAGUAGCCCGCCAUUGUUGAAGUCAAUAAUUUCACAAUGCUCAUGGGUGCUGAAGCCCAUAAAAUCAGUCGCACCCAAGCGCCAGCAGAGGGCGACAAAACUCCAAAAAACACAAGUAACAAGUGGACAUUGCACUUUGCUGUCAUUUUAAUCUGUUUGAGCGGGGCAUGUGCGUUAAUUGUGUCAAAUAUUUUAACAUGAUUAAUUAAAAAAAAUUAAUUACCGCCCGUUCACGCGAUAAUUUUGACAGCCCUAAAUAAAAUCAUUUUUCUAAUGUGCCUUCUGCCCGUUUCACUUUUUCCUGUGAUGCGAUAAUUUCACCACAGACCCUAGUCUCACCAACCAGCAGACCAGCGAGCUACCUGAACGUGCUAUUUUUAGCCUCCGCAAUUGAGCGACGUUACGGUGACAAGUCAACUUCAUGAAAAGACAAAAGCCCUUCGGGUCAGAAGAAAAAGAAAAGAGCAUGAACAAGAAGUAUUUUUUGUGAUGAUUUUUUCAACAGCAUAAGCAUGUACAGUAUACUUAGCGCAACUGCAAGCUAGCGGUUAUUUACAUAGUUUAUAUGAUUUACUGCUAAAGCAAAAUUAUACUGUAUCAUUAGCCAGGCUGUUGUUUUAAAAAUAUUUUCAGUAUUCAGCCAGCUGUGGAUUAGUUUCAGUUAAAUCUACUCCCCAUCCCAUUUUAGGGAAAUUUGGACAAGGUGUAUGGGGGACCAAAAUUGUAUUAUUUUCAUGUGAUGUUAACCACUUUUACCUUGUGUUAAAUUGUGCUUUUCAAAUAAAUUUGCCUUGCCUAAAAGUGCCAAGGUUAAUUAAAUAAAUACACUAUUAAAUAUGCGAUUAAUAAUUUCAAAGUUCUGUGGAAUGGGGGACUAAAAGU